AUGAAGAUAAUUGCAUUUCUCACUCUCGCUACUCUGGUAACCUGCGAGUUCACCUGCAUCAAACCUGUCAACCCAAUUCCAGCAGGCCCUCCAGGUGUAUGCUGCAAGGAGCUUCUUCAGAGCCAACUGCUCUCAUUCCUAUACACAGGCAAGAUGUGCACAAAUGCAAACGAAUUGUCCGAAGCUGCGGAUGGGACGACGACUUACAGCUCUUGUGAUACUGAUCAGCAUGCAGCUUGCUGUGAUCCGCUCUUGAUGAAAUUGUACUCGGCUACUAAUGUCGCUUGUGUCUUGCCUGAAUCAACUUCAUAG